AAAAAAAAAAAAAAAAUAAACAAAAAUAAUAGAAAAAUGCUAAAAUGAAUAAUUGAAUACUAGUAGGGCAGAGUAAAAAUAUGUUAACCGAAGUCCUUGAAUUAUAAAUUAAAGAAAUAAAAAUAAAAAAAAUAAAAAACUUUGCUUCGGUUUAAGCUUGAAGAACAACUAAAUUUUAGCAGAUAUGUCCGCCAAGAUGACGCGUUACAAACAGACUGAAUUCUCUGAGGAGGAUAGCAGCUCCAUUGGGGGUGUGCAAUUAAAUGAGCCCUCCAGCAGCACCGGCAUGCAGAUACGUUAUCACACGGCUCGGGCAACACUCAAUUGGCGCUCACGUAAUCGCACCGAAAAAUGGUUGCUGCUUAUAAUAUCCGUAAUGUUCCUUAUCAUCCUUGCUUUGUUAUUAAUAACGUUGACACAUGAUUCAGAUAGAAAUACACGUAUUUUACACGUAGAACCGCACAAUAGAAAUAACGAUUUACCCUGUCUUACGGAACAUUGUGUAUUUGCGGCCAGCGAGAUUUUAAAAUCGAUCGAUAAAACAGUAAAUCCUUGCGAUGACUUUUAUGGUUACGCGUGUAAUCAAUGGAUAAAAAAUAAUCCUAUACCCGAGGGAAAGUCGUCGUGGGGUACAUUCAGCAAUUUGGAACAACGCAAUCAAUUGAUCAUAAAAAAUGUACUUGAGAAACCAAUGAAAACUUUCAAAUCGGAAGCGGAAAAAAAAGCAAAAGUUUAUUAUGAAUCAUGUUUGGAUAAAAACGAUCAGAUAGAGAAAUUGGGUGCUAAGCCUAUGGUGGAUUUAUUAUAUAAAAUUGGCGGUUGGAAUGUUACGCACAGUGGCUUCAAUAUCGGCAAAUGGAGUUUGGCCAACAGUCUUAAGAUCUUACAAAAUAAAUAUAAUUUUAACUGUUUAUUUGGCUGGGCUAUAGGGGAAGACGAUAAAAAUUCCUCACGGCAUAUCAUACAAAUUGAUCAGGGUGGCCUAACUUUGCCGACGCCAGAUUAUUAUGAUAACAGAACCGAAAUUCAUCGCAAGGUCUUGCACGAAUAUAUUGAAUAUAUGACAAAAGUGUGCGUACUAUUGGGUGCCAAUGAAACCGAUGCACGCCGUCAGAUGCGGGAAGUUAUCGCAUUCGAAACUAAACUCGCCAACAUAUCCAGCCCGCUUGAGGAGAGACGUAACGAGGAGGCGAUGUACCAUCCGAUGAAAUUGGCGGAAUUGGAAAAGUUAGCUCCAUUCCUAAAUUGGACGCAACACUUUGAUCACGCUUUACAACUGGUCAAUCGACGAGUUUUUCAAAAAGAAGUGGUAAUCGUUUAUGCUCCAGACUUUCUAAGAAAUCUUUCGAAAAUAAUCCUAGAAAUGGAAAAGACUAUUGAAGGGAGAAAUACUUUAAAUAACUAUUUGGUAUGGCAGGCUAUACGUACUUUGUCGUCUUGUCUAUCGAAACCGUUUCGCGAUGCGUAUAAGGGUGUACGCAAAGCUCUAAUGGGCUCGGAUGGCGGCGAGGAGGUUUGGCGUUAUUGUGUAGCCGACACCAACAAUGUAGUGGGUUUUGCUGUCGGUGCCAUAUUUGUACGUCAAGCAUUCCAUGGCGAAUCGAAACCGGAGGCCGAACAAAUGAUUAAUGAAAUACGUGAAGCCUUCAAGUUCAAUAUAGAAAAUCUCAUUUGGAUGGAUAAACGAACGCGAGAGCGUGCCAUUGAUAAAGCAAGCGCCAUUACAGACAUGAUCGGUUUUCCCGAUUACAUCCUGAAUGGUGAAGAAUUGGAUAAAAAGUAUAGCGAAUUGGAUAUCUCACCCAAUGAAUACUUUGAGAAUAAUAUUCAAGUGAACAUGUUCAAUUUAAAGAAAAAUUUGGAGAAACUUGAUCAGCCCGUUAACAAAACAAACUGGGGCAUGACUCCGCAAAUGGUGAACGCGUAUUAUACACCUUCAAAAAAUCAAAUUGUAUUUCCUGCCGGUAUCUUGCAAAUGCCUUUCUUCGAUAUACACAACCCGAAGAGUUUAAAUUUCGGUGCAAUGGGCGUGGUAAUGGGUCACGAAUUGACGCACGCCUUCGAUGACCAGGGUCGAGAAUAUGACAAAUUCGGCAACAUGAACCGUUGGUGGGAUAAUAAAAGCAUUGAGCGCUUUAAUGAGAAAAUUGAAUGUUUUGCUAAUCAGUAUGGUUCGUAUGUCCUUAAUGGCUGGCGCUUAAAUGGCAAACAAACAUUAGGUGAAAAUAUAGCCGACAAUGGUGGUAUUAAAGCGGCCUAUCAUGCUUACCUUAAUACUCUUCUUGACAAACAAGCGGAUCUCUUAAAGCUGCCCGGCUUAAAUCUAACUCAUGAACAAUUAUUUUUUGUGUCCUUUGCUCAGGUAUGGUGCUCUACCGGCACCGACGAAACGACCGUCUUGCAAAUGGAAAAAGACACUCAUUCACCCUCUAAGUUUCGUGUUGUUGGCACUUUGUCGAAUAUGCCCGAAUUUGCGGAAGUUUUCCAAUGUAAACCUGGUUCAAAAAUGAAUCCCACCAAGAAGUGUGAAGUGUGGUAAUUUAAAAAAAAGAUUGAUAUCUGGUCCUAUUUGUCUAGUUAAUAUCUAUGUGUAUGUGUGAUGUGCGAAAAUCUUUUAUAUAAUUAAGUAAGUAAUUAAGAAGAUUAAAACUGGAAAUCUAUACUAAAUUUAUUUGAACAUGAAUGUGCGUGAAUUUAUUAAAAUAAUUCUGAUUUCCAUUGUUUUUUCAUUUC